AUGUACCAUACUAUAUCGCAAUUCAGUGUUGUCCCUGGCGUCAUCUUUAUCACCAUUGGCGGUAUUCUCAUUGAUCAUGGUUUUUAUGCUGCUACUACCAUUACUCCUACCACUACUACUACCAUUACUCCUACCACUACUACUACUACCAGCUCCGACUUACUGUUGGCUUAUUACGGGUGUACAUCACACGGCUAUGCUGCUGCUGCUCACCCUACUCAGCAUCUUCAAUCUUGCAACCGCGACGACGACAGAGUCAGAGCCACUGAGAAAAGAACGAGCAACUUCAGAGACUGCAAGGAAUUUGGUAGCCACACUAGGGAUCGAACGAAUGCCUCUGACUUCAACGAGAGUCGCCAUAGUAUCGCGGUCAUCACUAACGUCUUCACCCAAGCCAACACCGAGAUAGAGGUUCUCGAGCCUGGCGAGAGCACUCCGAUCAAUCGUGGUUAUCAACAGAGUUUCAAAGACCUUAGUGCACUCUAUGCUGGCUUAGAAUACCAAUUGUUGGCUAUUCGUCUCCGCCUGGGAGACCAAUUCAAUGUUGAUCAAGCCAGAAUCACUUUCGUCUUGGGAGAGCCCGACACAGCGACAGUCCAGGAUGGGUAUUGUCUAGAUGGACAUGCCAAUUCACAGCUAGCAGGCCCAGCUAGAGUGUCCGAUCCCUGGGCUGAGCCACCCCAUGCGUCUACAUCGGACACUGUGACCACUCCGUCAGCCCUACUCUAUGGAGAGACCAUAAGUGGUGCCAUCAGUACGCUCACGCCGUUGACCUUCAAGAUGGGCGGCAUUUAUCGACUUUGCUACUCCUCUGAUGGUUCAUUUUCAAGCGGCUAUACCGACACGCCCGAUAUAUCCAUACACGUUAGUGGUGUCAGCGUCGACUGUGGGGACCGGGACUGCCUUGCUCAGAGGCCCUUCCGGUGUUGGGCCUUGUGGAAUGCCCUUAGUGCUGCUGGUAGCUGCAUUGUUAACUAUGAUGCCUUCACGCCGUCCGAUUUCCCUGGGAAGCUCACUUGGUCAGCUAGCUUUAGUGCCACCUACGACUCGGUCACUGGAGUACAGACAGCCUACUCUCCCCAGGCAUGUGGAUCGACUUAUCCCUCAGAGGUCUUAUGUGAUGCUGGAGGCAGCUGCAAUAUGACUGGAGGCUACAUGCUCAGCACGGAUGGGCUCAAGAACGACUUGGAAGUGAAGAUCCCACAAACAGUGGGUUGGUUGAAUGGGACUCACUACAAGGCGACUGCAGUGGCGGCGUGCUAUUGCCCAGAUUAUGAUGCUUCGGUUGGUGGGAAAUGUGAUGCUUUCAAUGAGUACGUACAGCAGAUCGCGAUAAUUGAGAUUUAUACUGUGAGGCUCUGUAGUCCUUUCGCCGCAGUGCCUUGCGCGGAGGAGUACUUCACAGCUGUCACUCCUGGACAGAAGUUCAGUAUUAGAGUUGACUGUCCGCCAGGAGCCUGCGCAUUCGACAUAGAGAGCCGCAUCAAGGUCGUUGCUAUCGCUGAUGCUUCCCGUGUUGGGUCGGCAUUCGAUCUGCCCAGCUGGGUCACAAGUCCUGUCCCGCACGGGUGCCACGCUGCUAACCACACGGACAUGCUGUCUAGCCCAGUCACUUGCUACGGCCCAAAUGAUUGCAUCCUUCAUGGUGGGUAUCGGCAGGAUUGGAAAGAAUUCGGCCUGCCUGUCAAUGGCACAUCAACGUACGUAUUCGACGCGGGCUGGACUGAACACGAAAAGUUGAACUUCAAAUCUGCGAAAGACUUUGACGUGUGUUUCUGCCACGGCUCAUGCGAAACCCCCACGAACUGGUUCAAAGUUGGACAGCUUUCUUUGCAUCCUUUCCGCCCUUCUAGCGGUUUCGUCUUUGAUGGCGAUACCGUGAAGGAAUACGCCUUUUUGCGGUAUGUCAACCGUAACGGCACUUUGGCGUUCAAUCGAUGGCUCAAUCACAGCAGUGGCCAGAUGACUCUAGGCCUACAAGACAACGGUAUCAUCAAGCUCCUCAGUGACGAUGAGAGGACCAUCACUGACGCUGACUGCCAAUCCCGGACAUGGGACGUCGAGUAUGUGCCGGCUCUCUAUGGAACUACGGUUGGGACCUACAGAGGACGGCAACAUAGUAGCUUUCCUUAUCAAAUGGGUUUCACCAAUAAGGUUGACUAUGUCGACUUCUCGGACACUCUUCUUGCUACCAAAGCCGGUAUCAUGGCCGUAUGCUAUUGUGCCUUGACAGAGUCGCUCACGUAUCAGUGUCGUGACAGUGCUUCAUGGACUCUCAUUCUACGUCUCACUAUAAGUGGACCGAGGCGCGGUCAACGAUGGUCAUUUGCGACCAACAUUGACGUGAGGCUUGAGUACACAGGCUGGGGCCUCAGUAGUGACAACACUGUGAGGAUCAUAGCAGCAGAGGCAAGCUGUCUGGAUGACAGUGGCAACCCUCAUGAAGUCGAAGCGAGCGUUCAAGUUGGAUGCCCCACGGCUUGCGCAGCACAAUCGGGCUUGGCUGGGUCAGAGACUAACAUAGCAGGCAUCACACUUAAAUUCGACAAGGCGAACUGCGACGUUCAGAAUGCCAACUGUGGUACAGCUUACCUCACUCGAAUCGAAGUUAUCAGCGACACUAUGACUUACUUGUACUUCUCUGGAACACCAAACCUCAAGACGGGGGAUGUCAUCAUCAUCACCUCCGGCAUACAGUGCGAUUCUAGUGUCGCCACUAAUCCGUGCAAUGAAGACAUGCUGGCAGCAAUGAAGGGAGUUUAUGAAUUUGCAGACUAUAAUAAUAACAACGAAUCACUUGCUGAUAGCUACGUCCUAGGACAUACAAUCACGGCAUUUACAGACACUCCGUCGAAGUUUGCUGUGGAUAUAGGAUGGCCGGAAAACAAACGGCCGUAUUUCGCAACGGAAUCGUCCGCGGGUCAAUGGACAGUGCUCAACCGUGUCAUAACAAAGGAAGAGAUCAGGGCCAUCUCAGAGAGGACCGACUUGAAGGUUUGCUGGUCUUAUGGUGGCAACGGCAACUACGUAGCCGAAGCCGGGCGUAUAUCGUUUAUCGAUCCUCCACCGAUGGCUGCGACUUCGGUGUCCCUGUCCACUAUGGUUCAGGGUGCCCGGGCCCCAGGAAUCAUAUCAUUCAAGACGGCGGGUGGAACUGUUGGCAAGCAGUACACCCAGUCGACCGAGCUGACCCAGCUGAAGAUCAUCUUUGUCAAUACUGGCUUCCUAGAAGCAUACUAUUCUGAUAUGGAGAGCGCUGAGAUUGAUGAUGCCAACACGGGCGAAGACGAGUUUGACGAGGCACGACAAUAUAUCUGCGGCAAGUUGUUCAAGGAGCUAUGGAGCGAUGACGCGGAAAACGGCUUCCCCAUGCCGAGAGGCUGUUACUAUCGUUCUUUUGCCACCUCCAGAGAGUUCUUCAUAGUUUUCGAUCGUCGAAAUGGGUUGAGCCCCGAUACGAACUACAAGAUAGUUAUGAACAUGGCCGGGUUCGUUGGCCAAUCGAGUGACAAGGAAUAUAUCCGCAUCAUAUCCAUGGUAGCCUUGGAGAGCGCACCGUACACCGCUCUGGAGAUAGGCCGACCUCUGCUCACUCGCCUGGCUAUACCAACAGGAGGAGUCUUGGCCUCCCAUUUCUUGAUACCGGGAGGUUUAACAGUAACUGGUGGAAGCAACCAAGUAAAAGAGUUGACCAUCGGCACAGCUCUCACUGCUGGAGAAGCUCAGCUUACACUAAUGAUCACAGGCUCAGAGAACGAGCGGUCAGCUAUUGUCGGUGGCAGCAUCCUAAGGAUAUACAUGUGGCCCUUAUUAGAAUGGGAUAUGGAGAGAGAGCCGACUAUGACGUGCACUGCCGUCGACUCAACGAGUGUUUGUGGUGACAUCACUGAAGUGAAGACAGAGUCAGUCGUGCCCAACGGUCACAAGAACAUCCUCAAGCUCAGCUUGCCUGAUGGAAUGACUCCUCUGUACGGCACAAGAAUGGUGAAGAUAGAGCUGAAUAACUUGGACCUACCUCGGGGAGGCUUCUUCCCUGACAGGCUAGCGGCACAGAUCACUACGUCAGCUGACGAGAGCCCCUCCUAUGUCAUGUCUAGUGGAGAUUAUCUUUGGAAGAAGCCUGAUGCAGGAUUCACUCUAGCAAGGAUACUCGCCACUGAUGGUCAUACGAAACCCUUCAAAUCCGAUGUUGGUAACAUCAUCUAUGUGAAACUAAACCUCGGCGCGACGCUGUUUGCUGGUGGUAGCGGCACGGCAAUUGCCGCAUUAUUCACUUUGAGUCUACCAGAAGGUUACGUUUGCCGCGAGACGGCGGCUGUCGAGGAUAGUCUGUCGUUAUUCAAGACAAGACUACCGCAAGGCAAGGGCACGGUGGAGAAGCCCGAGAUGUGGUCGUUCAGUGGCAACAAUGAGUGCAGCUUUGGUCUGUCGGGCUAUGAUGUCAUCUAUAGUGGCAGCAGUAUUAUGAUCAAGGUCGUCGUCGAUAACCCACCCUCCCCAAUAGGCCAAGCGAGCAGCUCCAACAGGUGGCGUGUUACGAUUGCUUCUCGCGGGUAUAACCCUCAAGCGAACCAAUUGUAUUCAGUGGAGGGCAGUGUCUUCAUGUCAGCCCAACCUGAGGUGUUCUUCGGCAGUCUGCCUGUACUAGGCAAGCUCAGAACAGCAGUCAUCGUACCAGCCGACUUCUCGGUUUCAACUACUUCUAUCCUGCGUCGUAAUUGGAUGAGUGUAUGGUUCCAUACUGAGCAGUCGGCCGGCCAGAAUGGGUAUAUAUUGAUAAACGCCCCCAGACACUUCAAUUUCGGCAAGGCUUGCCGGGUGGAGAACCUCGAGGAGGAGUACUAUGUCAGUGGUGGUGACACCACAGCCUAUCCACUUACCGCCGUUCUCUCCUGUGACGGCCUUGCUGAGGCUACAGACCGACCCAAUCUCCAGGGGCGCACAUCGAUAACAGCAACGACUGCGAGCCGGUAUCACCAAGCACUUAUUAACAUAGGCCAGCUCAUCAAGGGAGACACCCUCUAUGGCUUACGCUUGGCAGUUUACAACCCUUUUAUUGACGAUAUCGAUCCUGACGAUGACGACUCCUGGCGGAUAUGGACACUCAACGACAAGCUCCAGUACAUUGACGGUACCUCAACUACAGUGUCCUGCUCACCACAGUUGAGCACCUCAUGGAGACUAUACCGUUAUAUGCUCACUACGCCGGAUCGACCAUUGGCUGGAUUGCCCAUCCACAUCUCUGCUCACCUGAGCUCUGCUGCACCCUAUCGACUGAGUAUGGAGCUUGCCAUGCUCGACGUCUACAUAUGGGGACUGCCAUGGUCGACUAAUAGUACCUUCCGUGCUUCUUUGCCGGCUGGGUGGCAGUGGGUCAUUCGGACUGAGGAAGACUUUCUAGCUUGUCGUUAUUGCACAAACAGCAACCUCAAGUUGGAUAACAUCACAGCCGACUGGCCGACACCAAUGAUACCAAUGAACGAUUCCUCCGUUCUCUCGUGGGGUACCCAGCGCCUCUAUUUCGACGCUUCCAACAUCUAUGGCUUCCGGGCUCCGGUCAUGGUACCAUCCUUCCCUCCGACGGCCUCAACACGCAAGCUCCUGAUCGAGUUCGGCUUCGAUGAGGCGAAGGCGAAUGAUCGGCCAUUCGCAGCUACUCUGUCGCUCGGGACAAUAACGUCUCUCGGAGGAUUCACGGUAUCUCCUAGCAGUAACGUUGUGAACAGACGAAUCGACCUUAGCUUCACAGUGCGUACUGCUAGUGCUGUCCUACCACAGUCAGAUGCCCUUGUUAUCACCUUCCCAGUGGGCUAUGAUAUGUCUACAGCAUGCGUCCUCGGACCCACCUCAAGGCGAUCUAGGCGCUUGAUGGCUGACGGCUCGAUCCCUAGCAGUAUUGACAAGUGGAUCCUUCCGCAUCUGGUGGCAACAAAUAUUGGAGUUGGUGCAUCGGUCCAGACAGACGAGCUCAGCAUUGAAUUACCUCCAGGAGUGGUAUGUGAAUGGAACGCUGUCUCCCUAACAGUCACACUGCGGCCCACUACUAGUGCUAUCGAGCCCAACUUUUACCGCUUCGACAUACUCGGGGUGCUUAACCCCAGUGACGAGCGUGAACUCCUGCCUGAUGCUGCUUCGGCCUGUGGGAGGUCCUCAUGCUUCAAGCUAGAGAGCCUCCAAGGAGUCUCCACUGAUCCUCGUACACUCGACUUGGCCGCCUAUUAUCCUGCUCCUUCCUUGAGUGUGAUGAUGGAAAAAGCUGGCCUGGCUCCUAUCACAGUGGCCCAGAAGCUGGCGACUGGCAGGAACGAUCAACCGGGCAAGCAGAACAACGUGAUACUGGAAUUCAGAUUGCCAAGAGAAGCCAGCUUGCCCACUGAUGCCACUCUGAUCGUUACCGCACCUUCUUCUCUGGUUUUCCCAGAGGCCUGUCUGCUAGGUCUGGAGACCCGGCUGGACGAGGUCUUUGGAGCUGGCCAGUCGCCGCCUCCCCAAUACACACGGUGGCCCGCAACAGCGGCCAUACGAUCGUGUGUUGGGGAACGCAAUGUCGUCCGUAUGGUCGUUGGGCCGGGUUUUGAUAAUGAGAAGCUCUACGUCUUCCGAUUGCGCAUACAGAGCAAUCCUAUAGAAGAUCCCGUGGAGAACUCAUGGCGAAUCGAGCUGGGUGGUGAGAGCAGCGAACCCUUCCCUGGCUUUGAGCUUUGGUCCUUCGAAUCCACUCAAGUCGCCCCAGUGAGUGUUGCCAAGAACAGACCAGCACAGCCCGAGGUUCCUUCUGAAUGGGUGAAGAACUCCGUGACAAUAUCCUUCACUACUCGCAAUACAAUAGACAGGGACACUCCAGUGCCAGGCGGAGGGGCUGUUCUAAUGCUUACUGCUCCGCGCGACUUCACGUUCGUUGCUCAUUCGGACAUUGAUCGUAGCGACGAGUGCGAGGGAGUAGCACUGGAAGAGCUAGCAGGAGCUGACGAGGAGUACGAGCCAGCCUCGGUGUUCCACUCCGCCGACUUUUCCUGUAUCGUCAGUGAUCCAGAUCCGAGCACGGCAGGAACAAGUUCAGCAAAGUUCCACAGAAUCACGAUGACCUUUCUGAGUGACAAGCCUCUUCUAGCUCGGCGUCGUUAUCGCCUCACAGUAUUGGUUUACAACCCUGACGUUUCGAUCGAGGCAUCUAGAGCGCCUUGGCUACUGCAGAGCUACCGGAACGCUCUAGACGUGGAAGACCCAGCAACGUCGGCCCUGGAUGAGACUACCAUGCAAGGCUUCAGUGUCGUCAACUUUCUCAAUGAGUUCACAGUGCGGAACUCGGAUCCGAUCACCCAGCUCCCAAUCGCGGCCGGCAAAACGGAGAUACCAGCUCUUUUCAUUCGGGUCAAGUUCUCGGCUACACUGGACGUGGGAGAUGUCCUUUUGAUCGAGGCACCUGAGGGGUAUCAAUUUGCUGGCAACGGCGAAAUCUGUCACGGCUUCACUUGGAUCACCACCCGUGGGAACUGGGCUCGAGAGUUUCCUCACUAA